AUGGUGGAAGUCACAAAUCCUAGCACCAGCUUGACGGGAAGCACUGCAAUCGAUGUGAGUAGUCAUGUCUACAUUUAUCCAUCUGAUAGCCCUAGUAGUCUUCUUGUUCAAUCUGUCUUCAAAGGGAUAGGUUAUAGAUCAUGGAGAAGAGGGGUGAUUAGAUCUCUUUCUGUGAAGAACAAGUUAGUCUUUAUUACAAGGGAGUGUAGGAGACCAACCCUUAAUUCACCUCAAUAUCGUCAAUGGGAAAGAUGUGAUAAUAUGGUCACUUCAUGGAUACUUAAUUCCCUAGGCAAAGACAUUAUCGAUAGUGUAGAAUAUGUAUGUGACUCUUUGGAAUUGUGGAAAGAGAUAAAAGAUCGUUAUGAUCAAACAAAUGGGGCUAAAUUUUUUCAGAUUCAGAAAGAAAUAAAUGAUCUGAGUCAGGGUGCUUUGGAUAUUAAUGUGUACUACACUAGGAUGAAGAAAUUAUGGGAAGAAUCAAAUAAUCUGAAUGUCAAAGACUAG